UUAUGCCAGGCAUUCGAUUUUCUUUACGUCCCUAGUGUGAGUAGCACUAUUUUUUGUGGCUUAACUGCUGCUUGCGUUGGACAACCGAGAUUAAACGUGAAAGAAGCAAGAAUUCUCUUAACAGUGUUGAUAAAUUUCUGCGUUGGCAUUUUCCAGCUGAUCACGGUGACGUUUCUCCUCGUUGGAUGGUUUUGGAGCAUCUCCUGGGGCGCUCUUCUCGUCAUGCAUUCCCGUAAGUGCUAUUUCUUCAUGGAACACAGUUUAUUUAUAUACAAUGCAAAUAAUAUGGUCAAACAGAUGACUGACCAAUACCGAUGCUUCGGCCCAUGCCUCACAGGCUUUCUUCAAGGUAAGAAAUUAGUUGAAUUUCAUGAGUCUUUCCUUUUGUCCACAGAGACUCGUUUUUUCAGAGACAAAAGGAUUUUGUCGAUAUUCAUGUGCUAA